AUGUACAAGCUUCAUAAGCGAAUUGACGCCUCCCCAAGAGUCGACGGCGACAUCAGCAGCGGUGGCGCGGAUGUACACUGUGCGAACGAUGGUCGGGAGUACGAGCAGCCAUUGACAGGCCCGCAGUCGAUUCCUGAAGACGGUGUCCGUGAUGCCCAGCAGCUGUAUCAUUCAGGGCAGCGAGGGUAUGAGUACGGGCACAGUGCGGAGUCGGGCGCUGGCGCUGGCGCGGAAGGGCCAAAUGCCCCCGUGGCAGGCAGUGCUGAAGGAUACCGCGACUACGGGCCGGAGGAUUCGGGCGCCUACGGCGUGGCCUCGUAUUUUGGCCAGGGAAGCAGCACACAGCAGCAGCAGCAGCAGCAGCAGGUGGGGAUGUUGGCGCCACAGGGGUACGCCCAGGGUGGUGAGACCCAAGGCGACGGGGAGGAUGAGGCGCACAUGUUUGCUGACUACCGCGGCCCCAUCGAUGGCGAGCGGGCGGAGCGUUACAACCGCCGGCUGCAGCAGCAGAAACAGUACGAUGACAUCCCCACCCCACCAGAUGACGCAGACCCGAGAGAAGUGUUUGCCUAUUACCGAAAGCUCAUCGGACUCGUGCAUUUUGUGCCGCCGCGGCACUGGCGUGAGAUUCGCUUCGACCUACCGGCGAACGUUGCGGAGCUGCGCCUCUACCCGCAGCGGCGCGAGCGUGUGCAGGACCGCGAGCCGAUCCGACCCACCUCGUGCAUUGCCAUCUCGCUGAAGGGCAUGUUGCCGGAGAACACAACGCCGUCUGAGUACGCAGCACAGAUGGUCCAAUACAUGUUUGACCUGCUGAACUACCAAAACGCCUCCACCGCCAUCACGGAGCUGCGCUUUGUGAAGAAGGGCACAGAGCUGCUGCAGAUGGUAGUGACGCUCGGCAAGGACACGCGGCUGGCGGGGCGGGUGCUGACCGAGCUGCAGGCCGCGGGCCUCCGAGCGUACUAUGGCAAGCCGGUCUUCGAGUUUCCUCCGAACGCGACCUUCCAGGUGAUCGACUACCGCCGGACCCUGCACGACGGCAGAGGCAUCUCGGCCGACGACGUCACAUACCUGCUGGAGCCGAUACGGCAGUAUAACACCGUCGACAUCAACGUCAUCGAGGGCUACGAGCCCGGUGUCUUCUACGCGCCGGUGAAGCGGCCAGAGACGGUGUACUCGUUUCUGUGGAACUACUUCUGCUCCUACAAGUUCCAGUCUGACCUGUUCCGCCGCUACGGCGUAUUGGUGACCAUGGCGCAGUGCCCACAUGAGUUCCUGCAGAAAGGCAUCCCGUACCACAUCCAGAAGCAGCAGCUCGAGGAGAAAAUUCGAGCGGAGCUGCAGCGCAAGGGUAUGGAGAAGCGCGAGUACGAUGGCAGCGGCGGCGGCGCCGACGCUGGCGGCGUCGAUGACGACUCGGACGAUGGCAUGAACGGCGGUGCCGACGAGGGGACUGGCGAAGGCCCACCGCCUGCGUGGGCCGCGAACGCCGCUGACGAGAUCGACAUCUUCAGCUCGAGUCCCCGUGCAAGCCGCGCACAGCAGCAGCACUCCACCUCGGCGGCGGCGUCCGACUCACUCGGGUACGGCUCCGCCAGUAGCAGAGCUGCCGUGACAGCUACUGCAGCGGCGACGGCGAACACCGUGGCAACCGCCAUCACCUUCGUCGACGAAGACGGUCUCGAGGAUGUCGAUGCGCUACUCAGGCAAUACAACGCCGUCACGGAGCCUACACCGUCGGCAGUGAAAGCAAAAGACGCAGCAGCGAAGGGACGCAAGGCCAAGGAGGCGGCGAUGGAGGCAUCCACAGCGACUGUGGGUGGAUGUGGUGUCGGUGAGGAAGUUUCAGCGCCGCCAGACCCUGGCUCGCAAAACGGCCCAUACAUCCCGCCUCCGCCGUCGGUGGCGGGGGCGGGCUGGGGUGGCGGUCACAACGGCUACGGCAGUGAACCGUACAGCACUCUGCCUGGGUACACACCGGAAGCGGGCACGUACGGGUACCCGCAGCCACCACAGUACUACCAGUCCUCCCUCUCCUACGGCGGAGAUGGUCGUGACGCGCAGCCAGACUCGUACUACGGUGGGCACCACGGUGCCGCUCCCCCGCCACACGUCAACCCGCCUCCGAACGUGGCGCAGCGGCACUCUGCGUCAUACGCAGCGCCGCCGUAUGCGUACAUAGACCGAAGCACCCACAGUACUGCUGCAGACGCCUUGGCCGCCACCGCCACAGCUAGUGGCGGUGCUCCGUCGGCCUAUCCGCUGCUCGUGGACGAGGUAGAUGAUGAACAGGGUGUGAUCCCGCACUCUCAGCAGCAGCAGCAGCAGCAGCAGCAGCAGGCUUCGAUUUCGUGGACGGGCGAUGGCUUCGGGGGCGACUAUGGCGAGUUGGACAGACAGCAGCAGCGACCGCCGUCGUCCUUUGAGGCGACAGCGCCAGCCUCGCACGAGAAGGAUAUGCUGCUCUCUUGGUCCAUGGAUGAGGGCCUGGCGAACAGCACAGCGUCUGGCUACGCGACAACGGGGUUCUUCUCCGCCCCACCACCCCCUCACUCUCAGUACGUCCCUGGAAACGCAUUCGGUCAGGAGAACAGCGAGGGGGGCAGCGCCAUGCAGAGCCAUGGCAGCAACUGGCCAGUCUUCAGCGACGCACCGCAACAGCAGCUGCUGCCGCCCAACACCUAUGAAAGUGGUGCUCUUGUAGGCGGCGUGCUGGGGGACUGUGACACGACCCUACCCCCGUACUACUCAGGCAGCGAUGGUAGCGGCUACCUUCAACAGCCCCCGCACGCAGCGGCCCCAUGGGGCUACGCCGACAGCGGCAGCGGCGCUCCGAUGCGGUACGGCGAACCGAUGCCGAUGCCGAUGCCGCCGCACGUGCGUGAGGCAGCAGAAAUUGUGGCAGACUUAGAGGAACGUAUUCAGGCUGCCUUUCCCGCUACAUGGGCCACGGCCUUUGAUGCCUCAGCCCAGCCGUUCCUCUUGGAUGGUGAGGCACUGGCGAGUCAGGAGAUGCAGAGCACCUUGGAGGAGCCGAGCUGCGUCCUCGAGCACCUCCCUGACGCAGCAGCCGCUGCCGUCGCGAAUCUGCCGGCCCCAACGACAGAGAUCGAAGAGCUGCUCAGCUUUCUGCACCGCAACGUCAGCCUCGUUGGUCGACUGCUCCAUAAGACCACCACGACGACCGUUGAGCAGGCAGCCGAGGUAGCUGUCUUCCGCGCCCGCGUCGCACGUGCGCUGCUUAUUGGCGCCACAAUGACUAUUGGCGCAUCUGAGUCGCCAGCGUCCCCAGAGGCGGUCCGCGCUGCGUGGGAACAGCGCAGCGCGGACGGCAGCGCAAUGCCCGCCCCGCCUACUCCAGCACACCACAACAAAGGGGGAGUGUCGGCCGACGCGGAGGAAGCCGCUGCUGAAACGCAGCUGCCAGCCUUGCUUCCCUACCUCCUUCGGACUCCAUCGGGCGUCGACCUGGCAAUGCUGCUCGCCUUCCACUACCCCCGGGCCUUUUCCCGUCGCUUCUUGCCGUAUGCCCCAGCCUACCUCUUCGACGAAAAUGUCGUGCGAGUCGUCAUCACGACAGCGCUGCGGCGCGAUGCGCAGGCCGAUAACGUCCUUGUCCGUCAUGUACUGGCGCACUGGUUUCCGCUGGCACAGUGGCUUCUGCGCGUCGCCCACCACAAAGCAGCAGCAAAGCGCGUCGGUGGUGGGGCGAGCGCGCCAGUAGCGGGUGUGGAAGAAAGUGGCAGAAGAACAGUCGCCAUGAAGCAUCUCGUGUCGUCCAUCGGGAGCACGAUGGACGCCGUUCUCGCAGCACUCUCCACCGUGCAGCGAGAGGCCUGCCGUGCCAGCAGCGACGCAUGCGACUACGUGACCGCGUUCGCUGAGGCGGUGUGCAGUGCUGACGCCCAUGACCAGGCAGGGGAUGGUGGUGCGCUCCCCCUGCUCUGGGGCCCUGACGGUGCGCUUUACCGAUCCCUGGUGCGGCUCUACGUGAACGCGGACGUGUGUGACGGCGCGAAGGUGGCGUUGCACAUGUUGUGCUGUGGCCGGUCCGCGUCGUCACCGACACUGACGUCUCUCACCAACAGCGAGGUGUGCUUAACGCGGGACCACUACUACUACUGUGCCGUGCUGCUCUCCCGGUCGCACACAGCCCCGGUGCUCGGUCGUGAGACAGCCGCCUUCUGCGGGACAUUCCUGAAGCUGCUGGAGCUGCAGCACACGCGGUGGCAGCAGCAGCGACGCCAGGAAACCGAGAGCGGUGGCAACACGACGAAGACACCGUCGGCUGGAGAGGCGGAGGCGGAGCAGCUCCUCGAUACCGCCCUCAAGGCCAUGGAGACCAUCGACGUCUACACCGCCUUGCGCGACGCGUACUUGGCCGUCGAGGUCCCCAUUACCCGCUUUGAGGCUGUGCUUGCUCGCCUCAGCCCUGCCGAGCCAUCCGCGGCACUGCAGCUGCAAGUGCCGACACUCGAGGAGUGGUAUGAUGGUAGCAACAGCUGCCGCGGUAGGGGCGACCACAACGCUGGUCACCCGCCGCGCAAGCGUGGUGCAGAGGCACCCGCCAUCCCUAGCAUCUUUUACUACCGACCUCCAGCGCGUCGCGACGCGCGGUGGACUCAACUUCAGCAACAGCAACCGCAGGCGUCACGAGUGACAUCGAAGGCGCCCGGUCCCGGUGGCGCCAACGGUCAGACGAGCAUCGCCUCUCGCUGGCGGCAAGAGUGGACGGCAGCAAUGCGCACAUACCCACCGUCAGGAGUCCCCUUUACCGCAUUGCCAGAGGGGUGGACAAGCCAGCCCAGUCGUGAGUGUGGCCACUACUACUUCAAGCCCCCUGUACCAGCGUCGUCGACAGACGGCGCAGCGGCUGUCGACGCCGCCGCCUCUGCCACCGCACCAACCUACAAGCACCCUGUGGACGGCAAGGAGCACCUGGUCACCCCGCAAGCCUUACUGCUGCAGGAGGCGGCAGCGGAUGUAAGCGCCCCGAGUGCUACGCUCGAUCAGGUGCGCACCCGCGCCAACGCCAUGCAUGCGGAAGAGGCAGCGGCGAUCGGGUUGCCACCACCGGCGGAACUUACUGCCGCGGACGCGGAGGCCUGGGCAUCGGAUCAGCGCCGCCGGAAUGUGUUCCUCGACAUCGCCACGGUGGAGUUGCUGGACGUCAAGUACCGGGUAGCGGGUCGUCCCGGCCCCGUCACCGUGGAGGCUGCCUCGGCAAGUGGUGUGAGGCGCGGUCGUGAUGCUGGUGCGGCAGCACUGACGUCGGAGCAGUUGCAUCGACUACUCCACAAGGCAAUACCCAACUCAUACCCUCCGGUGGGAAUGCCGUAUCCGGCGCUCAGCCGCGGCUGGUCCGUGUACCUCAACUCCGCCCGUGGUCAGUAUGGCUUUAAGGGUCCAAGUAGCGGCUCGAGUCAACCGCCUCUGUUUGUGCACCCCAAGACGCGGAAGCACUACUUCGUCUCCCCGCAGGCGUUUGUGCAGCAGCGGAAGGUGAAUCUCGAGGUGGUGGCGCGUGAUGCCGGAGUGGAGAAGAAGGAUGUGGAGUCGUGGAUGACGGAUCAGCGCACUCGGCACGCUGCGAUUGAUGCGGCGGUGGUGAAGCUCAUUCCGAUCACAUACAGCGACGUCGACAAGGUAAUGGAAAAGAGCGCGGCGGUGGUAGAGGCUGCGGAGGAGAAAGCCGCGUCGCCACCAGCCUCAACCUCGCGCGACCGUGACCACCAGCACCAGCCCUCCUCGUCAUCACGGCACCGCCUCGAGCGCGAGGGUCGUGGCAGCAGCGGCGGUCGAAGACGCCGACGCCGCGAGGAGAGCGGCAGCGACGCCUCCUACAGCGAUGAUGGCAACCACGACAACCACGGCGACUCUCGCAGUCGUCGUCGUCGCCGCCGUCGCCGCCGUGACCGAUCACCACGUCGCCGAGGCGGAAACAGCGGUGGUGGUGAUGUUCGCCACCAGUAG